AGCAAGCCAAGAUCUCCUGCUGACACCGGUCGCCAGCCACAACGGGCUGUUGGUCAUUGCCGUUCCCACAAAAAAAAGAUUUUCGAGAAUCGAACACACGAGAAACGAAAGAAAAACAAACAGAACCAGAGAAAUCUGCGCAACGCACGACGCAGCCUACUAGCGACACGAUGAACAACCACAAAGGAAUCCUGGCCCUGGCCUUGGUUUUUGUAGCUCCGGAUGCAACUCUCGGCUUUUUGAUCCACCGGCAAGCUCCUGCGCCAUCGAGUCGUUUCGACGGGAACAAUCCUUUCCGCGACCUCGACGUCGACAUCGAUCUGGCGGAGGAUUGUGCCUCCAACUUUGGGAAAUAUUCGUUCGAGGAAAUCAAGCAAUGCAGGGACGGUAAGUCAUGUUACGGGCGGGAUAAAAAGACCGAUCGCCGCAUUGUGUCGGAACGAAAGCACGUCUCACGUCUGCUGCUUCUGCUGCCGAUUUCUCUUGCACAACGCCUCGUGCCUUGGAUUCUCGAAGAAAUCCACGCCCACCGGGUCCAAAACGUCGCGCUGGGGGAUUCCACGACCCCCGAUCUCAUCAAGGAACGCUUCCUGGAAACGGAGCUUACCAUGCAGCUCGAGCGGCUCCAGAACGACAUGCCGGAGUCGUACCUGUUCCCGGACGAGGGGAGCUUCGACGAGGGCAUCGACACCGAUGUGGGGCUGGACGGAAUUCUCCUGGACAACGGGCUCAUCGCCAUGGACCUGCCCACUCCCAGGGACGCAGCCUCCUCCGAGAACCGCGCCGGAACGAAGCAGGUGAACGUUUGGAAAGACCUUGUUGCCGCGGAAGGAGUCCUCGAGUCGAUCGCCAUCUGCGGCAUGCUCGGAUUCAUGAUGAUGGCGCCGAAUCUCAACUGAGAAAGACAAAAGGAGGAGCCGGUGGCUUGUUCCGGACGCGAGAUGGACUGGCUCGGCUGCGUUUCUGUUUGCACAAUCGUUCCUGCAUGCCGUGUCGAACCCACCCGACACCCACGGCAGCAAGAUUCUACAUUACGGCGUCGGCGGGCGGUUCCUGCCUUGCACCAAUAGUACCGCCGCACACGUAUCGCAUUAAACCUCAUUAUACCUA